AAAAAGGGUAAAAUUUGUCCUGUUUAGAGAAAACCAAAUAUUUAAGUCCUAUUUUGGGAAAAAGCCUAUAUUUUUAUCUUAGCCAUAUCAAUUUUCUCUUUGAUGUACUCCUUGCAUGUUUUUGUUAACUCUCAUUAAUUUUUCCUUCUUCUGUAUCGUCAGUUUUGUUCAAUUUUCAAAGCCCAUCUCCCGUCAUUAGGCAUUUACCCUCGUGCACCGGUUGUGACAAAACUAGUUACUCGGUAUAAUAUACGGAGUAAUAAAGAUGCACAAGUAAUUAAAAUAGUACUCCCUCCGUCCCCCUAAGUUUGUCCCGUUUUACCUUUUUCGUCCGUCCCACUAAGUUUGUCCCAUAUCAUAUUUGGUAACAUUUGAGUGGUUAGAAUUCAUUCUUACUUUAUUUACACUUUAUCAAUUCAAUACCAACCACACAAUUUCACUUUUUCUUAAAAACCACACCACACCCCUCCGUCCCAAACUUAGGGGGACGGAGGGAGUAUAUGUUAAGUAAUUAAAUUCAGUGAAUCGACGAAGAAAAUAAUUUCAAUCCACUUAUUCUUAUUACCACAUAAUUCAAUACGUAAAAUAAAAAACUGUGUCCUUUGUAAAUUUAAAAUUGUAAGAAUUGCCCAUAACUUAGUUAGGAAAGGGACUCAAAUUUGAUUCAGCACGAAAAGCGGAUUGGGUGUAAAAUAAGACAUUUCUGGUUUAUCCCAUUUUGCACGCAAAUUUAAGGGAAAAAGACUUCAAUAAGACUAAAACAAUGCUUGAGAAGGUAAAUAGGAGUCAGAACUUUUUAACCCCAAAUACGACUCAUUUUUUACGAACGGACAAAAACACCCCUAAAAAUGUCGCUCCUUGCAAAUGUUUUGCUAGCACCAACCGUACACCCUCGAUUCCUAUCUUCGGAUUUGAUGCGGCGGUGCAAAUCCAGAAAUCUGGUGGAUGCAAAUCUGGUUGGCAAAAAGUCAGAAAUCUAUUUUGCAAUCUAUCUUUGAUUCGAUGUUCAAUCUUCACGACGGUGCAUUUGAUUCUACAGAAGUCCGACAACACUAAUUUGCCGUCUCAGAGACCAUUCUGGAGAGCAGAGCAACUUUUCCUCAAUCGAAUUUUCAGUCUGAUUGGCAGAGGAUUUGGAGCAACAUGUCCACUUUCGUCUGGCAAGCUCUCAAGGUCCUUUGCCUGGAAUUACUUGGCCGACAUGUUCGGUGUUGAUUUUUUGUCAUGGAGUACAGACUUAGACUACAGAGCACUUUUUCCAUUCCUUUUUUGGCAACUCAUUCCUUAGUUAUUAUGUUCCCUUUUCUAUUUUUUAUUUUAUUUUACAAAUUUCAUUAUUUUUAACAGUGAAAUAUUAGAAUGUCAUUGUUAUGACGUUGUUAUGAUGUUGUUAUGACGUUCUUAUGACGUUGUUUAUUGUACAUAGCUAGUGUCAUGGAAUUACAAUGACAUAUAUUGACAUUAGACAUUCGAUAUGUAUUGUAAUACUCCGUAUGAUUUUGAAAAAAGUUGAAAUUAUUUGGUUUUCAAAUUGUUUUAGCAUUUCAAAUCAUUAUCUUGAUAAUGUCAAUG